CCGCAGCGGCGCGGAGUGUGGGCUUAGGCACCGGCGGAGGGCCAUGGCUGCCUCUCCGGGCCCCGCUGGCGUUGGCGGCGCCGGAACAUUCCACGGCUCCAGCCCGUCGGGCUUCGCCUUCGACUCCGGACUCGAGAUCAAAACUCGCUCGGUGGAGCAGACGCUGCUCCCGCUAGUUUCUCAGAUCACCACACUUAUUAAUCAUAAAGAUAAUACCAAAAAAUCUGAUAAAACUCUGCAAGCAAUUCAACGUGUAGGACAAGCCGUCAACUUGGCAGUUGGGAGAUUUGUUAAAGUUGGGGAAGCUAUAGCCAAUGAAAACUGGGAUUUGAAAGAAGAAAUAAAUAUUGCGUGUAUUGAAGCUAAGCAAGCAGGAGAAACAAUUGCAGCACUUACAGAUAUAACCAACUUGAAUCAUCCAGACUCUGAUGGCCAGAUCACAAUUUUUACUGACAAAACAGGAGUUAUAAAGGCUGCAAGAUUACUUCUUUCUUCAGUGACAAAAGUGCUGUUGCUGGCAGACCGUGUAGUCAUUAAGCAGAUAAUAACAUCAAGAAAUAAGGUUCUUACAACUAUGGAAAGACUAGAGAAAGUGAAUAGUUUUCAAGAGUUUGUCCAAAUAUUCAGUCAAUUUGGAAAUGAAAUGGUGGAGUUUGCACAUCUAACUGGAGAUAGACAAAAUGAUUUGAAAGAUGAAAAGAAAAAGGCCAAAAUGGCUGCAGCUAGGGCGGUUCUUGAAAAAUGUACAAUGAUGCUUCUCACAGCUUCAAAGACGUGCCUCAGGCAUCCUAACUGCGAAUCGGCCCAUAAAAACAAAGAAGGAGUUUUUAACCGAAUGAAAGUGGCCUUGGAUAAGGUCAUUGAAAUUGUGACUGACUGCAAACCAAAUGGAGAGACUGAUGUUUCAUCUAUCAGUAUUUUUACUGGAAUUAAAGAAUUCAAGAUGAAUGUUGAAGCCCUUCGGGAGGAUCUUUAUUUUCAGUCCAAAGAGAAUCUUUCAGCGGCCUUGGAAGUCACCUUGGAGCAUACAGAGGAUUUUACUGAUUCUGCAUAUAUCAGCCAUAAGCACAGGGAACGCAUCUUGGAACUGUCAACUCAGGCGAGAAUGGAACUGCAGCAGUUAAUUUCUGUGUGGAUUCAAGCUCAAAGCAAGAAAACAAAAAGCAUCGCUGAAGAACUAGAACUCAGUAUAUUGAAAAUCACUCACAACCUCGAUGAACUUAAGAAAGAACUUCAUAGAACAGCUACACAGCUGGCAGCAGAUCUCUUGAAACGCCAUGCUGAUCAUGUGGUUUUAAAAGCCUUAAAACUUACUGGAGUAGAAGGGAAUUUAGAAGCCCUGGCUGAAUAUGCCAGUAAACUCUCUGAACAGAAAGAACAGCUCAUUGAGACCUGCCGAUUGUUGCGACAUGUAUCUGGAACAGAACCUCUUGAAAUAACCUGUAUACAUGCAGAGGAGACAUUUCAGGUGACUGGCCAACAGAUUAUUUCUGCUGCUGAAACAUUGACAUUACAUCCAUCUAGUAAAAUUGCUAAAGAAAAUCUUGAUGUAUUUUGUGAAGCUUGGGAAUCUCAAAUUAGUGACAUGUCAACACUGUUAAGAGAAAUCAAUGAUGUGUUUGAAGGAAGACGAGGAGAGAAGUAUGGCUACCUUUCACUUCCAAAGCCAAUGAAGAAUAAUGCUAACCUGAAAUCAUUAAAGCCAGACAAACCUGAUUCUGAGGAGCAAGCCAAGAUAGCAAAGCUUGGACUUAAACUGGGUUUGCUCACCUCCGAUGCAGACUGUGAAAUUGAGAAGUGGGAAGAUCAGGAGAAUGAGAUUGUUCGAUAUGGACGGAACAUGUCCAGUAUGGCCUAUUCUCUAUAUUUAUUUACUAGAGGAGAGGGGCCACUGAAAACUUCCCAGGAUUUAAUUCAUCAACUAGAGGCUUUUGCCACAGAGGGCUUAAAGCUUGCUUCAAGUGUUCAAGCUUUGUCAAAACAGCUGAAAGAUGAUGACAAGCUUAUGCUUCUCCUGGAAAUAAACAAGCUAAUUCCUCUGUGCCACCAGCUGCAAACAAUAACUAAGACACCAUUGCCGAAUAAAGUGUUUCUAAAGGUUGACAAGUGUAUUAUAAAGGCAAGAUCCAUGAUGGCUAUCUUGAUCCAACUUCUCUCACUUUGCUAUAAACUUCUGAAGAAGGUGGAAAGCAGAUGGGUCUCCGUUACGAACAAAGACACCAUGGAUGGUAAAACUUGAGAAGCUUUUGGGGUCAGGUCUGUGGAACACGUGGGAAACCUGACAUUUUUAGAAAGCAAAUGAUAUUUUAAACAGUCUCAUGAAAUGAUAUUUUUAAGAAUUUCAGCAACAUUAUUAAGAAAGCAAUAUUGAAAUCUUUAUUUUCUUAUCAUGAAACCGAUUGUGAAGCUUUUUGACAACUAACACAUGCCAUGGUAGUUGCUAGAAUUGUAACUGCAGUGAUUUUAAAAUGAGACAUUGCCACUAAUAACAUUUUUUAAAAGUCAAACCAAAUAUCACAACCGUCUUAAUGACAGUUUAACCCAAAGAAGCUUUUUUGAAUAUGCUGACCUUUGGCAUAUUUUACCUUAACUAUUUCCUUUCUGUUUAUCAUCUAGAGCACUAAUUUUCAGCAGACAUGCAAUAGUCUGGGUGAAUGCACGGUCUUCCUUACACCUGUGGACUUUUCCGUAGUCCCUUGUCCAACCCAGUGUGAUGAGGGGUCCCAUGAUGCUGUCAGAUUAUCCGUGUAGUAGUCACUGUGUUCCUAGCAAGUGCCUGACGCAUCAUGGUUUGUCUGUUGUGCUGCUUGUGUCCCUCUCCAUCCCCAAAGUAGGGUCAUGGCACUCACUUCAUGGACUCCUGGAGGAACUCACUAGAAGAUGGCUAUCUUUUAGCUCUAGUUCUAGCACAGCUGGCUUGCCUGCCCUGAAUACUACCUGGAAUCCUAAGCCUAUUUUACUGGCUUAAAAACUAGUCUUUGAACUUUCCCUCUAAGUAGUGAGUGAAGUGGAAGAUGCAAGAUUCAGAGCUGUGGAACUAAGAAGCUGUUUAAAAUAAAUUCUGAAUAAUCAUACACUUUACACAAGUGUCUGUUUUAGAAUGUUCAUUAUAAAAUAAACAUGUACCUUUAGUCUUUUUAAUUUUAGGGUUUAUAGCUUUUCUUAUGGGGUGGUGUUUUGAUGGAAGGAUCUGGUUCACAUAUUCUUUCCUUAUGAUAUAGUAUGGUUAACUUUAUUUUGGACUCCAGUUUCAUGGUGUUUAUAUUCUAAUGCUCUGAAGUUCAUUUUGAAAUCUAAUGGGACAUGUCAGUUGCUUAAUGGCCGUAGUUAAGUAAUGUGAGCAUGUUUGAUAAUGACCCCUAUCUGGGUCAGCCAUCACAGUCAACAUUCACAAAAGAUCCUGAAGAAUCACAGUACCACAAAUUUGCUAGCCAAUAUUUAUUGAAGAAAACUUUAAAGGUAAACUUUUAUGUUUCUUUUCCAUUUGAACUCUCUGAAGAAGUCUCUCCAGCUGGCUUUAGCUAGUGAGUUCACCUGAGAGGCACAGUAGGAAGUACUCUUAAGCUUCAAGUCCCAGGGCCCAGGGAUACUGCAUCUGCCAAGUGUCAGCUCUGAAACUGAUAGGAAUUUCAAACUCACCAAGCACUCAGCUUGGUUCAUGACCUUUAUAAAAUGCUUCUUUAGGCUGGUAGAAUCAUCAAGAAUGAUUUUUAGUCCCUGAAAGAAAGGUAUUUUAAAUUAUAAUAGAAAUGGGGGGAUGUGAGGCGAUGUAAAAUAAAGUAGAUAUCUAAUUCUUUUAGCAUCUUUGGUGCCUUUGUCUUAUGAACAAUCUUCAAUAAUUAUUGUCCAUGCUACAAGAAGUGGGGAUGUGCUGGUUUGGGCUUACAUUUUCAGCUGAGUAGAGGUGCUUUUCAGUUACUCCCUGUGUCAUGUCUCGUGGGUAUACUUAGGGAUAGUCAUAGUGGAAAACCUGGUGGCGUAGUGGUUAAGUGCUAUGGCUGCUAACCAAAGGGUCGGCAGUUCAAAUCCACCAGGUGGUCCCUGGAAACUCUAUGGGGCAGUUCUACUCUGUCCUGUAGGGUCACUAGGAGUCGAAACCAACUCUCCGGCACUGGGGUUUUUGAUAGUGGCACUCAAGUUACAAAAAGUGUUUCCUGUGACUCAAAAGCAAUUUUUGGUUUUAUUUACAAAAUACUUUUCCAUAUUUGAAAACAUUCUUUUAUGUAAAAUGCAAAUGGUUGUAGGGUAGGCAUAACUUACGACUUCAACAGCAUAAGAUAACCAAAAAGAAUUGAUACAUCAAGUGAUUUCUUCUGUAUUAAAUGAUAAUUAUUUUAUUAAAAAACAUAUAUUUAAAGAUAUGUAAGUGAUGCAGCCCUUAAGGAAAAACAACAACUUUAAAAGUCCUUUUAUUUGAAAUUCAGUAUAAGCACCCAACCUCAAAUCAUAAAUGUGUAAUUUUUUUUUUUUUUUGGUUAAAUGAUGUGAAAGCCUUUAUUCUGUUCAAAGGCACCUGUGCCUUUAAAUUACGUGUUCUCAGUUAACUUCUUUACUGGUUACCCCAUAACUAGAGUGUGAGACUGAAGGACUGCAGAGUUUGUAUUGCAGUAACCAGCUUAACAUUACAUUAUGACACUUCCAUAUGUUAGGAAAGCCCUUUGUAUUUGUCAAAGCCUUUUCACGUGUCCCUCUUUAAGAAGUCACAGCACUACCAUGCGACUCUGCUUCAGAGAGGAAGGCCAUCCGAGCAGCAUUAGGAGAGAAGGCACGCUCUACACUCUGCCUCUCCUCCACAGCCUAAAGGGAGAUUUGAGGAAGCAAAGUGCACUGUCCCUUGGGAGGUUGGGGGUCGGGGGGUGGUUAGACUUUUUGGUAGUGUCAUACUGAAGCAGUUGGGUAAGAAAGACCAGUAGGUUUUUUUUUUUUUUUUAAACUUCAAACUGAUGGAAAGUGAGGCAUAAACAACAGCCAUGCUAUAACAUUCCAAAAGAAAGAUGUCAAAAUGUAGUAUUUACUUCUGGGCUUCAGGAUGAUGGGUAAAUUAUUUUUACUUUGCUACUUAAAACUUUUGUGUUUCCCAAAUUUUCCUCAAAGUGCAUUAAAAAAAAAAAAAAAUCAGAAAAACCCUUGCCGGCCA